AUGGAGAUUCAAUCGCUGUUUUUAUACGCCAGAGUACCAUGGGGUCGGGGAUGGAACGGUCGCCGUCCACCGAUUACAGUAAGCACAGACGAUGUUGUUGCCACAACAACGCCCAUCGGAAAGGCAAGAGACGCAGUGGUGAACAAUAACUGCCAAACGUGGUUUUUGCACACUGAAAGCGGCGCACGGGAACGCGCUUUUCAGCGGGCGACGUUCUGCGCUGUCCGGUUUUCCUAUGCUCGGUCCUGGAUGGUCGUACCUGCUUGGCCCGGGUCGCUGAGGGGCGUGGGUGGAAGCGCACUCAAAAGGGGAAACGACGGUGGGCGUACAGUGCUUAUUAAGCGAGCGGGUGGCCGCGCAGCGCAUGGGCAGACCAGACGAGACAAGACCAGACCAGGCCACGGGCGAUGGGCGGGAUCAAGGCGCUUGCACUUGCGUGGGCCUUGGGCGGGGCUUGCUCAUGCUGUGUUUUUUGUGUGUUGUUGCUAUUUGGUGGUUUGUGCGAAAGGGCGGGUGGGGCACGGUUUGCCAUGGCAACCACUCUGGAAGCGAAGUCACAUAGACGCGUGA